UGGUGUGCCGUGUCUAACAACAAUUCUUUGUUACAAGUUGAACUUUGAAUGGAGUUAGUUGACCAAAACAGAUAAAUUUCUCUAAUACAGAUCUCCAACCAAUCAAUCUCCAUUUCAAAGCUGUUCCAGAAAGCUUCAUUAGUCAUCUUCUUGGAAUUGGUCUCCACAGAAAGUACUUUCAAUCUUCCCAAUGAAUUAUAUCAUCCCCCACAGCCAUAACCACCCCUCUUGAGCUCUUUCUCAAUGAACCAAAAAUGAAUCUCUUGCCUCUACUACUCACCUCUCUCUUCUCAUCAAUCUUUCUGAUCAUCUCUAUCCCUUCUUUGAUUCAUGCCCAACAACCCUAUAUUGGGAAGGCCACAACACUUUGUGACAGCACAGACAAUUCAACUUCUGUUCUUGGGUACACCUGCAAUGGCCUCAACAAGACUUGCCAAUCCUACCUCACAUUCAGAUCUCAAUCCCCAUACAACACUGUCUCAUCCAUCUCCAACCUAUUGAAUUCGGACCCUUCACAACUUUCUCAGCUGAAUUCAGUUUCUGACAACGCAACAUUCGAAACAGAUCAGGUUGUUCUUGUUCCUGUAACCUGUUCUUGCUCAGGUAACUACUACCAAACGAACACAUCUUUUAUUGUUACUCAAAAUGAAAACACUUAUUUGGUAAUUGCAAACAACACAUUUCAAGGCCUCUCAACAUGUCAAGCUCUUCAAGCUCAGAACAGUAAUCUCGCAGCUACUAAUUUGAAUUUCGGUGAUAGAAUUACUGUUCCAUUGAGGUGUGCUUGUCCUACAAAGAAUCAAAGUGAUGUUGGUGUGAAUUAUCUGUUGAGUUAUUUAGUCACUUGGACUCAGAAUGUCUCUCUGAUAAGUUUAAUGUUUGGGGUAGAUACUGGGAGCACUCUUGCAGCCAAUGACCUAUCUGAACAAAACUCCAAUAUCUAUCCCUUUACUACCCUUUUAAUCCCUCUGCAAAACCCACCAUCAAUUUCUCAAACCAUAGCACCACCACCGCCACCACCGCCUCCACCAGUAUCUCCUCCACCACCGCCUUCAUCAAAUAACGGGUCCAAUAAAACAUUGGUUUAUGUUCUCGCUGGAGUUCUCGGAGGUGGUGGUAUUGUUUUGGCCGUUGGGGUCAUUGUUUUCUUUGUGUUCUUUCGCAAAAGUAAGAAGAAAACUGAUUCAAUUAUCACCUCUGAGAGCAUUGAAGCAAUUGAUAAACCAGAUGGGAAAAAAUUGGAAGAAGAAUCCGAGGAUUUCCUUGAAAGUAUAUCGGUCAUAGCUCAAUCCCUCAAAGUGUACACUUUUAAAGAACUUCAAUCCGCGACGGAAAAUUUCAGCCCCGGUUGUUGGAUUAAGGGGUCUGUUUAUCGUGGCACAAUCAACGGUGAUUCUGCAGCCAUCAAGAAAAUAAAUGGAGACGUGUCAAAGGAAAUCGACACGCUAAACACGAUCAGCCACUUCAAUCUUAUCCGCCUAUCGGGUGUUUGUUUCAAUGAAGGGAAUUGGUACCUAGUUUAUGAAUAUGCUGUUAAUGGACCUUUGAGUGAUUGGAUUUAUGAAAACAACAGUGAUCAUAAGUUUCUGAAUUGGGUACAGAGAAUUCAGAUUGCUUUGGAUGUGGCCACAGGGCUUAACUAUAUCCACAACUAUACCUCUCCCCCUUAUGUCCACAAGGAUUUGAAGACCAGUCAUGUCCUUCUUGACAGUGAUUUCAGGGCUAAGAUUUCGAAUUUCGGGCUAGCAAGAUCAGCAGAUGGGCAGGAGGGUGAAUUUGCCUUGACAAGGCACAUCGUCGGGACAAAAGGUUACAUGGCUCCGGAGUAUUUGGAGAACGGUUUCGUAUCCACAAAGCUCGAUGUCUACGCAUUUGGGGUUCUCAUGCUGGAGAUACUUACCGGGAAAGAGGUCAGUUUGUUAUAUGAAGCGGUUAAAAUUGAAUUGUCAGAGGUCUUAAUUCCAGUUCUUGACGAGGAAAAUGGGAAGGAGAAAUUGAGCGAGUUCGUGGACCCUUCUCUGAAGGGAAAUUAUCCUGCAGAACUUGCUGUUUUUGUUGCCGGGUUGGUUGAUAGUUGCAUAAAAAAAGAUCCAUUUGCCCGCCCGGACAUGGACGAGAUUGUGCAGUCUCUGUCAAGAAUUAUGACCACUUCACUGAAUUGGGAAUUCUCAAAUAGCACGCAAGGGUACAACAGUUUCUGCUAGAGCUUUUCCUAUCAACGACCCAUGACAGGGCUGACAAUUUGAGAGACUUCCUCUCCAUCCAACCCUGAUGUCCCUGAUGUCGAAGACCUUUCAUACAUCUCCGGGGAUGAUUGAGCAAGAACGGAGAGAUUGAAAACAAUUUCCACCAUU